AUGGCGUCCUCGUCCUCCUCGGUGAAGCAGGCCGAGGCCUUCCCUGAUGGGACCACCGACUUCAAGCCCAUGCGAGGCAAGGCUUACGAUAUUCGCAAGCCGCACAUCAGCGAGCAGCCCAUGACGCUGAAGAACUGGUACAAGCACGUCAACUGGCUCAACGUCUACUUCAUCCUCUUCAUCCCUCUGUGCGGCCUCAUCUCCACGUACUGGAUCCGGGCCCAUCCCUACACCAUCCUUUUCGCCGUUGUCUACUACUUCAACUGUGGACUCGGUAUCACGGGAGGUUAUCACCGUCUUUGGGCCCACACUUCGUUCAAGGCCACUCUCCCGCUGAGGAUCUACCUCGCCGCCGUCGGUGCUGGUGCGAUGCAGGGUUCUAUCCGGUGGUGGUCUCGCGACCACCGUGCCCAUCACCGUUACACCGACACGGAGAAGGACCCUUACUCCGUCCGCAAGGGUCUCCUCUACUCGCACAUCGGCUGGAUGGUCAUGAAGCAGAACCCCAGGCGUAUUGGCCGCACCGACAUCUCCGACCUCAAUGAGGACCCCGUCGUCGUCUGGCAGCACACCAACUACAUCAAGUGCGUUCUGACCAUGGCUCUCGGCUUCCCUACCCUUGUCUGCGGACUGGGCUGGAACGACUGGCUCGGCGGCUUCGUCUAUGCCGGUAUUCUCCGCGUUUUCUUCAUCCAGCAGGCCACCUUCUGCGUCAACUCGCUCGCCCACUGGCUCGGCGACCAGCCCUUUGAUGACCGCAACUCGCCCCGUGACCACGUCAUCACCGCUCUGGUUACCCUCGGCGAGGGCUACCACAACUUCCACCACGAGUUCCCCUCCGACUACCGCAACGCGAUCCAAUGGUGGCAGUACGACCCCACCAAGUGGUCCAUCUGGACAUGGAAGCAGCUGGGUCUGGCCUAUGACCUGAAGCAGUUCCGCCAGAACGAGAUCGAGAAGGGCCGUCUUCAGCAGCUGCAGAAGAAGCUCGACCAGAAGCGCGCCACCCUCGACUGGGGUAUCCCCCUAGAGCAGCUCCCCGUCAUCUCGUGGGACGACUUUGUUGAGCAGUCCAAGAACGGCAAGGCUCUCACUGCUAUUGCCGGUGUCAUCCACGACGUGACCGACUUCAUCAAGGACCACCCCGGUGGCAAGGCCCUCAUCUCGUCUGCCAUCGGCAAGGACGCCACGGCCAUCUUCAACGGCGGUGUCUACAACCACUCCAACGCCGCUCACAACCUGCUCUCGACCAUGAGAGUCGGCGUCCUGAGGGGUGGCUGCGAGGUGGAGAUCUGGAAGCGUGCUCAGUACGAGAGCAAGGACGUCUCAUACGUCACCGACUCGGAAGGUCGACGUAUCGUCCGUGCUGGCGAGCAGCUGACACGAGUUGCCCAGCCCAUCGCCAAUGCCCACGCUGCAUAG